ACUAAUUCCAAUUCCAUAUCAAAGCUCUGAGCAUUUUUACUCAAGCUGCUGCAGCAGUUAAUCUUUGUGAAGAAUUGGUUCUGAUCUGUUUUUGAGUUCUGGAGUUGGGGAAAACGGAGAGAAGAUAUUUGUUUGCUUGAUUCCACAUGACAACUCCAGGGUAACUGAAUAGACUGUACGGUUGGUUUGACAAGGCUGCGCCCGCGCCAGCAGCCUCACAUACCAGAGACCGGGGGAUGGAAGGGGAACUGACAGCCCUAAUGGAUUUUAUCAGAAUUUCUCUAAAGACCGACAAUUUGCCUUCAAUUAUUAAUGUUUUUCCGAGGUUUCUCUUCUGAGAGGCAUCCCAAGCACUUUGUGCCACCUGGUCUGCAGAGCGUGGCAGCACAUCUGUGAGAUUAUGGCUGAGGAAUGAAGUCUUGAAAUAUGCUGCAGGUUUAUUCUUCGUGUUGAAUGGAUGGCUGAUGGACAGGAUUGUUUCCGUUUUGCCCUCAUCUAACUCCUUCGAGCACAUGGUGUGUGCAGAGGCCUGGCUGAGUGGCAGCAAGUGCCACCAUGCACCAUUUAUUUGGGCUGGUUUUGGCACAAAGGGACCUUUCACGUGCAGGGGAUCUUUUCUCCUUGGAGGAUGCUGAAAUCGAAGGAAGCCUCUCUGAAGCUCUUGAACAAAUAAGGACAAUUAGUUCAUCUGCUGACUACCAAACCAAUGACAACGACCAGGCCGUUGUGGAAAUCUGCAUCACCCGCAUCACCACUGCCAUCAGGGAGACGGAGUCCAUAGAGAAGCAUGGGAAAGCCCUGGUGUCUCUCUGGGAGUCGUGUCUGGAGCACAAUCUGAAGCCUUCUGGCAAAGACGAGGACACGCCGCAUGCGAAAAUUGCAUCUGAUAUCAUGAGCUGCAUCUUGCAGAAUUACAGCCGCCCUUCGGUGAUGGCCCUGGCCGUCCCAGUGGCGGUGAAAUUCCUUCAGAGGGGCAAUAAGGAGCUGUGCAGAAACAUGUCAAGUUACCUCUCCCUGGCUGCCAUUGCUGAAGCAGAGCUGCUGGCUGAGCACACAGAUGCCAUUGUCAAAAGUGUCCUUCAAGGGAACUCACUGCUGCUGCGUGUCCUGCCUGCCCUAUAUGAGAAGCAGCCACAGCCGAUGGUGCACCGCCUGCCCGAGCUUCUGGCACUGAUGGGCCACCUGCAGCCAUCCGAGCAGCAGCACCUCCUGCGGCUGCUCCAGCUCAUGGCACGGAGGAAAGAGAUCGGGGUGCUGAAAGAAUGUCUUCUGUGUCUGCUGGGGCUUGUGAGAGACCCCAACCAUAGUGACAUUAUCCUAAACAUACUGACAGAAGUAUCUGGCUAUGACCCAACGGCCUUGGCUGCGUUUCUUCCAGAGCUAAAAGAAAUUGGUGAGAGUUUCCCACAUUUGAUUGGGCAAACAGCGAAGAUCUUUGGGGCUGUUGGACGCGUUGAUGAGGAGCAAGCCAGGAAGUGCCUGAUGUAUUUGGUGAACCAGCUGGCCAACAUGGAGCACUCUUUUCACCACAUCCUUUUGCUGGAAAUUAAGAGUCUCACUGACACGUUCUCUGGCAUCUUGGGCACCCAGAGCAGAGACAUCUACCGCAUGAGCAACAGCUUCACUGCCAUAGCCAAGCUCCUGGUCAGGCAGCUGGAGAACAGCAGCUCAGCAUCAGCCAGGACAGAAAAUGAUACAGACAUGGUAUCCCCUGUGCCACUGGGCAAUUUAAAAUCUGUAGUGAAUGGAAAUGAAGAAGAUGAAAAACUUCAAGAGAAAAUACAGGCUUUUGAAGAAAAAAUAAAUAUUGACACCAGUACCCCUGGCUCUGUGAGAAGAUACAGCUUAGGCCAGGUUUCUAAAGAAGAAAGGAAGGAUAUGAGAUUUAACAGGUCCAAGAGCCUGGCUUUGCAUGCAGUCCGCAUGAAGGGGGUGAACACAGACAGCGGGCGAGACGAGGAGAAUGGGGAUGUAACAGCUGGGAUCUCCUUCACCGAGAUCUACGACAGCCAAGAAAAUGACAAGUUGCCUUUCAGUGUCGAUGCUGAAGAAAUGCAACUGGGAAAUUCCUUGGUUUCACACCAGAGUAUCGAUUGCACAGAAUCAGAAGGUUCUCCAGCACCUGCUGGAGGAGAGGCCCAGGAAGGAAGCGUGGUGCUGGGGAAGGGUCCUGUGGAGUGCCAUGACAAGCUCUACCUGCACUUGAAGGAAAACCUGGGUAAAGUGAAAGCAUACGUCAUGGAGAUGGGGAGGAGGAUUCCCGUCCCUGACCAUUGUGUUAUUGAAGAUACCAUGAGAAGCUGUGUAGCAAAGCUGUUCUUCAGCUGUCCCCUGAAGGGCCACUACUGCCUCUACAGCAAAUCCAGCUUCACGCUGCUCAGCCCUCAGCCUCCACUGUGGAUCCACAUCAUGUUACUCUUCCAGCAGAGCCUGUUUGCUGAACCUUUGUCAAUGCAGAGUAGUUCAGUGCAAGUCCUCAAGGCCCUAUGGGAGAAGACACAGCUCAAGGGGACGCACAGUUUUGAAACUGCCAUGAUCCAGUCUACAUUCCCACACCAAAAGGAUCUGGACCACGUGCAGAUGCACCUGGAAGAAGUGAGGUUCUUUGAUUUAUUUGGCUACAGCGAGGAAGUGGGAGCCUGGCAGUGCUUCAUGUGCAACAACCCUGAGAAGGCAACAGAAGUGAACCAGGACGGGCAGCCGCUGAUGGAAGGCAAGCUGAAGGAGAAGCAGGUCCGCUGGAAGUUCAUCAAGAGGUGGAAAACUCGCUACUUCACCCUUGCUGGAAACCAGCUGCUCUUUCGGAAAGGAAAAUCCAUGUACCCACGCGGAUGCUCUUUGCUCUGAGUAAGCAGUGGGAUUGCCAGCGGGUGAGGCAGGAGAAAACCAAAACAGAAGAGGUUCAAAAUGAGCCACAUCCCAUAGUCCUGGAAAAUUGUGGUAAACAGUAUUCACAGAAAUGUGCCAUGGGUACAAUCAGCUUUCUUGAGCAGCUUUCAGCAGUGUGUACACGACAUCCCAUCAAGGGAGCAUAGUGGUUUUGCUCAGUACCUGUUGGCAGGUUUUCCCCCUGAGCUUGUUGUUGUUUUGCAUUUGCUGUGAUAAAAUUCUCACUGUUUAACAUGGGUCUGAUUUCAGUGCAGAGCUACUUAUUGCUGUCAUAGAAUCCUAGAAUGACCUGGGUUGAAACCCCCUGCUGUGUGCAGGUUACCAACCAGCAGACCAGGCUGCCCAGAGCCACAUCCAGCCUGGCCUUGAAUGCCUGCAGGGAUGGGGCAUCCACAGCCUCCUUGGGCAACCAUAGAGCCUGCACUGGUGUUGGUGUUGUGUCCAUGCAUGGGGAAUCCAUGUGGUUGGAGCAGAAAGCUUUUGGAAAACCUGCCUUACUCCUCUUGCUAAAAAGCCUAAGAAUCUCAACAGGAGAAGCAUAGAUAGUGUUGGGGGAUUGGGGCUCACAUGUCUCAUCUGGAGACCGCAGCUUGUAUCUGUUUUGUGAGCUCACAGAUCUCCCACAGGAAACUUCUGUGACUCUUUGCAGCCAUCUCUGCUGCUCCCUGCAUCCCAUCCCCACUCUUACAGUGACGCUGAGGUUUCACAGAUGUGCUGCUCUCUGUUUUCAAACCACAGCACGACUGAGCUGUGCCAUGCUCUCCAUUCCCCAUUGAAAACCGCCGUGGCUUCCUUUGCGUUCCCGACUCAGGCACGAAAUACCUCUCCUGUUUUCCAAACCAGCACAAGGAGUGGCUGCUUCCCUUUUGGUGGAAGCCCCAGCAUGUGAACUUGGUUCUGUUUAUCUUCCCCACCCUGUG